AUGGAACUAUCACUUCUGACAAACAGUAGAUGUUUUUGUCUUUUUUUUUCAUGAUAUUAAGAGGUGAAGAACAUUGCAAAAUUAUUAUAAUUCUCUCAUGUAGGCGUGACAGCUUGUGAUAUGAGGACGAGUCGCAUUACCUCCAACCACAGCGUGGGAAUAAGGGAUCUAGUUACGAAGACUUGCCGCCAGUCUAUGUAACCCACGCUUACGGGCACUUCCCGGUGGCUCCCGGCACACGGCACAUUACCCGUCGGACCACAUCGCGGCUCUCGGCUGAAGGCUCAGGAGCCUUCUCCUUCUCCAACUCAGAGUACCCGGAUAUAAGCAUAUCACGCUGGAACGUUGCAACUGCACAGCGACACGGUCGUAGACAGCGCCAUCGACAUGGCUGCAACUAUUCCCCACUACGAGAUUUCAGUUGACAGUGCAAAGAUCGAGGAUGGAGCAAGAAAUCAUCAAGCGUGUUAAACCUGAAUGGGACAUUCACAAUCUUAAAUUUAAGCAAUUCAAGGAGGGACUGUUCAAUGAUCUGGUCGGGGGCUACCAGCCGGACAAAGAUGACAUGGUUCUGGUGCGGAUCAAUGGGGAGAACUCCGAGUUGAUCAUUGAUAGACAGGUUGAGAAGGACAAUUAUAUCCUGUUGGGUGUGGCAGGGUUUGCCCCGCCCCUUUACUGCACCAUCACCAACGGCAUGGCCUACGGCUUCGUGAAAGGGGUAACUCUCGAUGAGAAGAUGGUGAGGGAUGCAAAUAUAUCGACUCUGAUAGCCAAGAAAAUGGCCAAAUUGCAUUCCCUUAACAAUUCAGAUGAUAACUCUAAUCCUGUACCCUACCUCUUCACAAUGCUACAGAACUAUAUCAACUUGGUCCCUGAUAGCUUCCCCGAACCAGAGAGACAGAAGAUUUUCGAGAGUGAGUUAAAGUCCAAGGCAGCAAUACAGGAAGAGUUCAACAUGCUGAAGGAUGGACCGGAGGCCCUCGAUUGUGACGUUGUCUUCUCCCACAACGACUUGCAUCUGCUGAACGUGGUGUUUGACAGUCAGUCGAGUGUAUAUGAAGAAGAUUACAGUCGUUUUCCCGACCGUGACUAUCAGUUGACAUGGAUACGUGUUUACCUGGAGGAGUAUUAUUCCUUGAUUGGGAGACAGUCAAGAGUCAGUGAUGCUGAUGUGGAGAAGCUUUAUGUACAGGUCAACCAGUGUGCCUUAGGUUCUAAUUUCUUCUGGGGAGUGCUGGCUCUUUCACUAGCUAAAUACUCCAAGAAGGACUUUGACUUCCUACGAUAUUCAGUUACACAGUUUAAGGAAUAUUUUCGAAGACGAGAUGAGGUCUUCUCUCUGAAGGAGCAUUAGGUUUUCAUCUACCAUAUUGAAACUCACUACAGUCAAAUAUUCAGAAGUGGCUACAAUACUUCAAAACUCCCUUUCAGAUCAGAAAAGUUUGCUGGGACCAAUUCAAACCUGGAUUCCCCACAGGGGGUUGCACAUUGACAAAUAGACCUACUUGAGAAAAAGAAAUUAUUGGAAGGAAAAUAGUAUAUGUUUACUUACUAUAUUCUUUAUAUAAAUAAAUGCGGUUUA